AUGGGUGAUGAGCAAUCUAUUUCGUCUCACUCCGAUGUUUCCGCAAUCACUUGGGGUGUGACAUCCAGGUUAGAUAAAAUUUAUCAUUUGAAUGCUUUUCAGCUGACACCUCUCAAGUCUCACCCUCUGCCUCCUCUCUCGAGCUCCGGCACCAGCUCCGGUUUCUUCUCCGGCCGCACACCAACCUCCAGCCUCCUGUCCUUCUUCUACCCCCUCACACCGCCCACACAACACCCCCUCUUCUCGGGUAAACGGUCGGCCACCACCCUCGGGUGGUGGCGCACGACGACAAGAAUACGGCAGCAAGGGAGGGAACGAGAUGAGAGAGAGAUCGGCGAGAGAAAGGGGAGGCAGACAACCUCCCCCGUGGCGGCGCAAAGGCCGACAGGCGGCGAAUCCUCCUCCGGCGACCCAGAUUUCGGCAAUCGACGGCUGGGGUGCUGGAAUUCCGCAUCAGAUUUAGAUGCACAAGGUUUCCGGUGGAAUUCCAGCGACAAAGCGGCGGAGAGACGCUGGUACGGGGUGGUUUCGACGACUGACGACAAGGAUUUAAGGUCGACAACGACAUAUAACUGCCAGAAUUUAACGGCAGUGAUUGUGGUGGCUAUUGUUAGGGUGUUUGGUUCAACACGGUUCCUGCGCGGAUUCGUUCCGGUUUGGGUUCGGGUCAAGCAGGUCAGGUCAAAAGUGACCGAUCGACGGGUCAACCUUGGUACCACGGGGCAAUUCAGGUUUCGGUUUGAGUCCGGGUUAGACACAGUCAACGCGAACAACUUUCGUUCAUCUUCAGUCAACAAAAGUCAACGGUCAAACUGCGGGUCAACAGCAGUCAACGCCGGUCAAAGCCAGACCCGGUAAGAAUUUAAACGAAGCGAAUUUUAAUUUCGUUGUUUAUACAUAUUAUACUUUACGUGAAUCGAGCUCGAACCGAUGCUUUUAGCGAAUAUUUACGUUUUAUUUUGGCAUAAUGUAUGAAAUGUACAAACAAUCACAGGUAGUAAGCUGUUUAGCCAGACAGGGUGUUUGGAUGUGCGUUUUGAAGGUGAUUAUUGUUGUAACAUGAAUAAUCAUAUUCAGAAAGUAAGCUGUUUAGA